GCCUGGAGGGUUAAGUGAACGCCAAAGUCUUUUAUAAUUGUCGCAAAUUCCACAGAACGCGCCAGAUCAAUAUUUACAAAAUUAGUAACUUAAAAUGGAUAGUAGAGCUAAAGACUUCAACAAAUAUUUGGCAAACGUUAAAAUUUUGGAUAAAUUAACUGGAUGUUUCGCUAGAUUAUUUAUGUUCACUGAUUUUGAUCGACCCGAUCACGGAAUAUGGUUCUUGCAAAACUGCAUGGAUUCCGAUAUGGAUCAGGAUUUUAUUGUUAAUUAUGACAAACUUUUGAAUGAAUUGGCUGCAAACAAUAAGAUCAUAAUGAAUGAUGAAAAAGCGAAGGCAAAGGCGAAACUGGAAGAGGAUAGAAAAGCGGCUAAGGCGAAGAAAGAUGAAGAGUUGGCAAAGGCGAAGGCGAAGAAAGAAGAAGAGAAUAAGAAGCAAAAAUCAGUUGUAACCACUCCAACACAAGGUCAAAACCCAACACAAGGUCAAAACCCAACACAAGGUCAGAACCCAACACAAGGUCAAAACCCAGCACAAGGUCAAAACCCAACACAGGUCAUAUGAAGCCAUUAUAAAGUCACAAUAUAUCACAAACAUGACCAGGGGGCCAAUCUAGAAACAAAAUUGCGGACAAAAAUAUAAAACUUGUCGAAAAAAAAAUUUAAUUGAAAAUUAUACAUUGGAUUCGAUAGAUGGAUUAUUGGAAAUGUUUUUGACGUCUUGCAAGUAGAAAAGCAUGUAAAA